CUGCAUAGAGCAAUUCAACUUCACUGCAAGAGCUGGAAUGAGGGAAAAAUCAUGUAAUUGUUUGGUUGUUUUUUUUUUUUAACUUGGAAAGCGGCUGCACCAUUUCUGACGUAUACUCAAAAAGAGAGAGGCUGUCUACUUGUCUGUUUUUGUAGCAGACUUUUUAUUUAGAUAGGGUGGAUAUAAACUAGCCGUCCUUAAUGGUUCAGAGACCAUCGUGAAAAAAACAAAACAAAACAAAAAAACUAAACAAAAAAAAAAAAAACCCAAAACAAACAAAAAAACAAAAACAAACAAAAAAAAAACGGUCAGCAUAUGAUGAUCUCUGCAACUUGUCCAUGCCAUAAUUCCCCGCGCUAUUUUUAAAACCCUACGGCUGGGAUUUCUGACAAUUAAAACCUGCAAUAAUUUUUCUUUUGACAUCUGAAUGUGAUGGCAUAUCGUGUAAAAAACAAAUGAAGGGUUAGAAGCAGGUGUUUGUUGUUUCGGGGGUUCCAGAAUUUUUGCAGUCACUGGAUUAGACUGCUCGAAUGUUUUUCAGAGAUGUGUGCUUUUGGAUUUGAUCAACACCUAAACCGUAACAAGAAGAUUCAGUAACGACUGAUUUCAAACACCAAAGUGUUAAGUAGUUUUUAGAAGGAUAUAGACCCACAGCUAACUGGAUUUGAUUUACGAGAGGAAAAUCUGCAGUAAAUGGCCAUGCUCUUCAUAUUGCCAGAAUGGAAACCAGAAUUGUCAAUAGGAUGCAGCCUGAUAAAUAGCGCCAAGUGAAGAUGUUGCUUCAAUAAGUGUGAAAUCAAUGGGAAACACUUGGCAUGCGAAAAGACACUGAGAUUUUGACAGCAUUGCGUUUAGGAGGUUUAAUACCUUUCCUUUGAUUGCACUGCUCACAAGUGGAUAUAAAUAGGAUUGCUUUUAGUGCAGCUACACAGAAAUAAUAGUGGACCAUGUCGCUUCAAAAAUCUGCACGAUUGAACUGUAUGUGGAGAGUAAUGAGGGUGCAGCUGCACUCGGGGGUGGACAUCCCCUUUAUACUCUGGAUACUUGGAUUUACACUACAAGCAGUCGUGAUCUCCUCUCAAAAACUGGAUGACUCGGACCCGAUGGUAACCACCACUUAUGGCAAGGUGCGGGGAUUUAAAAAGGAACUCGGCAAUGAAAUUCUGGGUCCUGUAAUUCAGUUUCUUGGUGUACCGUAUGCUGCGCCCCCUACUGGUGAACGACGCUUUCAGCCUCCUGAGCCGCCAUCCUCUUGGUCUGAAAUCCGCAACGCCACCCAGUUUCCACCAGUCUGUCCCCAGACCGUCGUAGAAGGAAGGCUACCGGAGGUCAUGCUCCCAGUGUGGUUCACUAAUAGCUUGGACAUAGUUUCGACGUAUGUUCAAGAUCAGAGUGAAGACUGCCUUUUCUUAAACAUGUAUGUUCCAACAGAGGAUGACAUUCGUGAAGGUGGCAGCCCAAAGCCAGUGAUGGUGUUUAUCCACGGAGGGUCAUACAUGGAAGGCACUGGAAAUAUGUUUGACGGAAGCAUCUUGGCGAGUUAUGGGAAUGUCAUAGUCAUCACUGUUAACUACCGGCUUGGUGUAUUAGCUGCAGGGAGCAGCAUCAGCUCCAAUGAAGUGGAAAGAGAAAAGAAGAUUGCAGUGCAUGGAUUUGGUGCUAUCAUAACAACAACCCCAAUACCAAAAAUAUGA